UGCACCCCAGGAUUUCACUGGGUUUCUAGGCCGCAAGGGCCCUGCUGGCUCGGGCCCAGCCCGUUGUGUCCCGGGACGCCCGGGUCGGAUCCCCACGGAUCCCUUGCGGGCCCCGGCGGCUCCCGGCCUGGCCUCCCCUCCCUCAGCGCCUCCGCGGCGCGGCCUCCCAGCCGCUAGGGGGCGCGCCCUUCCCCGGCGGCGAGCGCGCGCCCCGCUCCCGCCCGGCCGCGGCGCGACCGCGGCUCCCUCCGGCGCGGCGCCCAUGGCCGGCGUCAUCCGGCGGCUGGAUGAAGCCGUGGUGAACCGCAUCGCCGCCGGCGAGGUCAUCCAGAGGCCGGCCAACGCCAUCAAGGAGAUGAUCGAGAACUGUUUGGAUGCUAAAUCUACGAGUAUCCAGGUAAUAGUUAAAGAAGGUGGUCUGAAGUUCAUCCAGGUUCAAGAUAACGGCUGUGGUAUCAGAAAAGAAGAUCUGGACAUUGUAUGUGAGAGAUUUACUACGAGUAAACUGCAAAAAUUUGAAGACUUGGCUAGUAUUUCUACAUAUGGUUUUAGGGGUGAGGCCUUGGCUAGCAUCAGUCAUGUUGCCCAUGUUACAGUAACAACUAAAACAGCUGAUGCAAAGUGUGCAUUCAGAGCUACUUACAGUGAUGGAAAAAUCAAAGCCCCUCCGAAGCCCUGUGCUGGAAACCAAGGAACUCAGAUCACGGUUGAAGAUCUCUUUUACAACGUAAAUACAAGGAGGAAGGCUCUAAAGAAUCCAAAUGAAGAAUAUGCAAAAAUACUAGAAGUUGUUAGCAGGUAUGCCAUCCAUAACUCAGGCAUCAGCUUUUCAGUUAAAAAGCAAGGUGACACCGUGUCAGAUGUUAGAACCUUGUCCAACGCCUCAACAGUGGACAACAUUAGGGCCAUCUUCGGAAAUGCUGUUAGCAGGGAACUCAUAGAAGUGGACUGUGAAGAUUCAAAUCUGGCCUUUAAAAUGAAAGGUUACAUCACAAAUGCAAACUACUCUGUGAAGAAAUGUAUAUUUUUACUCUUCAUAAACCAUCGGUUGGUAGAGUCAGCUGCUAUGCGCAAAGCCAUAGAAACUGUGUACGCUGCUUAUUUGCCAAAAAGCACGCACCCAUUCCUAUACUUAAGCCUGGAAAUAGCCCCCCAGAAUGUAGAUGUGAAUGUGCAUCCUACAAAACACGAGGUCCAUUUUCUUCAUGAAGACAGUAUUCUGGAGCGUGUGCAGCAGCAUGUAGAGAGCAAGUUAUUGGGCUCUAAUUCCUCAAGGAUGUACUUCACUCAGACAUUGCUUCCAGGGGCUGACUGCUCUUCCAGUGAGGUUGUAGCAGCAAACUCUUCUGUGGUUACCAAGGGAACCAGCGAUAAAGUUUAUGCGCAUCAGAUGGUCCGCACUGAUUCCCGAGAGCAGAAAUUGGAUGCUUUUCUUCAGCCAGUGAACAACCCCCUAAGUGCAGGCCCAACUGAAGUGACAACAGAGGUUAAUGCAGGACCUCCUGCAGGAUGGCCCCAGGAUGCUGAAAUGGAAGAAGUCAGUGACCUGGUUGAAAUGGCUGAUGUUCAGGAGGAUACAGGGGGGCUGAGCAAGAGUGGAUGCUUGUCUCCUGAGACUGUGCUUUCUCGGAAGAGACCACGGGAACACAUGGAUGUGGAAUUGGAGAAAGAUGAUACCAGAAAGGACAUGACUGCUGCCUGCACCCCUAGAAGAAGAAUUAUCAACUUAACCAGUGUGUUGACUCUCCAGGAGGAAAUUAGUAACCAGGCACAUGCAAAACUUCAGGAGAUGCUACAUGAGCACUCAUUUGUUGGUUGUGUCAGUCCUCAGUGGGCUCUGGCCCAGUACCAGACAAAGCUGUACCUUCUCAAUACAACAAAACUCAGCCAAGAACUCUUCUACCAGAUACUUAUUUAUGACUUUGCAAACUUUGGAGUCUUAAGGUUGUCUGAGCCAGCUCCUUUAUAUGAGCUUUCAAUGCUUGCUUUAGAGGAUCCUGAAAGUGGCUGGACAGAAGAAGAUGGCCCAAAAGAAGGGCUUGCUGAAUACAUUGUAGAGUUUUUGAAAAAGAAGACUGAAAUGUUGAAAGAUUAUUUCUCUCUUGAAAUUGAUGAGGAAGGAAAUCUUACUGGGUUACCACUUCUGAUAGACAACUAUGUCCCACCAUUGGAAGGACUGCCUAUGUUUAUCCUGCGCUUGGCCACAGAGGUAAACUGGGAUGAAGAAAAGGAGUGUUUUGAAAGCUUGAGUAAAGAACUAGCCAUGUUCUACUCCAUCAGAAAGCAGUAUAUAAUAGAGGAAUCUAACCCAACAAACUCUCAGAAUGAAGAUUCUGACUCUGGUUCAGUAACAUGGAAGUGGACUGUGGAACAUGUACUUUACAAAGCUUUUAGGACUCAUCUUUUACCUCCUAAACACUUUGCAGAAGAUGGCAACAUUUUGCAGCUUGCUAACCUGCCUGACCUGUAUAAAGUUUUUGAAAGAUGUUGAGCAAGUAGUUAUUAAAGACUGUUUUUUUAGAUGGACACCUUCAGUUUUCAUUCAUGUUACCUUGAGUUUUACUUAAUUGAAGAUAAAACUGGAAUCUUGAUGGAGGACAGAAAGGGGAUUUAGUACCCUAAACUGCUAACACCACAGUAAAUUGUCUAUUUUCCUUCUGUUGAUCAAAGUAUAAAGAAAAUCAUUUGUGCUGUGUCUAAACCCAAUGAAAAUCCCUAAAAUAAAAUCUUCACUUAGA